CUCUUCGAACACCCCCUCUAACUUACUCGUUUGUGUCUCCUUUCCACUGGGGUUUCUGACUAUUGAACUUCUGUGGUGGAAUUUCUUUAAUUUUUCUUGUUUACACCCUCCUCCUUUCUGUAUCCCACUGAGUACCAUCCAGUCAACAUGGCGGACAGCGAAUACACCCCCAAGUUCGCUCCGUUCUUCUCCUUUGCAGGGAUUGCAGCCGCCAUGAUCUUCGGAUCUAUGGGGGCGGCAUAUGGAACGGCCAAGUCGGGCAUCGGUAUCUCCGGUGUCGGCACCUUCAGACCCGACUUGAUCAUGAAGUCGCUGAUUCCUGUCGUCAUGUCCGGUAUCAUCGCCGUCUACGGUCUCGUCAUCGCCGUACUCAUCGCGGGUGAUCUGGCACCUCCCCCGACCCAAAACAUGAGCCUUUAUACAGGCUUCAUGCAUUUGGCAUCCGGACUCUCGGUAGGCCUCGCGGGCGUGGCUGCUGGAUACACCAUUGGAAUUGUCGGAGAUGCGGGCGUCCGUGCAUACAUGCAGCAAUCCCGAGUAUACGUCGGAAUGAUUCUCAUCUUGAUUUUCGGAGAAGUCCUCGGGCUCUACGGAUUGAUCGUGGGCUUGAUUCUCAACUCGAAGAGCUCCGGCUAAGACUGGUCAUGUGGAUUGCGGGGAGGAUCGGUGGAAUUGUACGCGAUUUGCUUCUGUCCCGUGGUUGGGUCCGUGGCUCCCGCAGCGAGGAAUCACCAGCAUUCCGGUCACGAUGCAUCCUGAGACGGUUGCCUCGAGUCGAUCAGUCCGUCGAUCGGGCUUCUUCCGACCGGACCAGAUUGGAGAAAGGCAUGUGGGAUUGUGGGGGUGAUCAAGACUGUCAUUCAUUCCGCGGGACCCGGCCUGUAUACUAUACAUAUAACCUGCCAAAUUACCUGCACGUCUCUCUGUUACUUGCAUACGAAUAGCAUCGAUACAUCUCAAAACUUU